UGAAUCUGGCAUGGCCCCUGCGCCCAGGCCGGAGUCAAUGACGUUCCAGGAUGUGGCUGUGGACUUCACCUGGGAAGAGUGGGAAUGCUUGGCCCCUUCUCACAAGGAAUUGUACAAGGAUGUGAUGCUGGAGAACUACAGGAACCUGGUCUGCCUUGGACUGGCAGUGUCCAAGCCAGGUGUUCAUGACCAGGUGGACCAAGGGGAAGGACUUUGGAUGCCAGAGAGAGAAGACUCAGGAAGUAGUCGUCAAGGUUGGAGGAAUAGGUCUGACCCAGAGGAACCAACUCCAGACCUAGAAGCCUGGGACUGGAAAGCCAGGUUACAGAGGCAGGAGCACAAUGAAGAUAAACAUUGGAGACUAGACCUAAGAAAACAUAAUCGAGUCAGCUCAAAGAAGAUAUUUUCUAAAUCCAAUGAAUGUGGGGAACUCAUCAGUUAUAAUUCAGACCUUACUAAGUGUCAGAAAGCUCACACUGUGAGGAAACUUUAUGAAUGUAAUGACUGUGGCAAGGGCUUCCAGUGGAGUUCUUAUUUUACUAAACAUCAGCGAAUACAUACUGGAGAGAAGCCCUAUGAAUACAAUGACUGUGAAAAGGCCUUCUGCUCCAGCCAAAGACUGACUGAAUGUCCGAGGAUUCAGAGUGGAGAGAAACUUUAUGAAUGUCGUGGAUGUGGGAAAACUUUCUGCCACUUCAUAGAACUUACUCAGCACCAAGCAGUUCAUAGAGGAGAGAAUCCAUUUGAAUGUGUUGAAUGUGGGAAGACGUUCAGUCGGAGCUCACAACUUAUUGUACAUCAGAGAAUUCAUGCUGGAGAGAAAUUGUAUGAAUGUAAUGACUGUGGGAAGGCCUUCCAUUGGUGUUCACGGCUUAUUCAACAUCAGAGAAUACACAGUGGAGAGAAGCCCUUUGAAUGUAAUGAGUGUGGGAAGGCUUUUCGCCAGAGGAUACAACUUACUGUCCAUCAGAGAAUUCACACUGGAGAGAAACCUUAUGAAUGUAAAGAAUGUGGGAAGGCCUUCCACAGAAGCACAGGACUUACACAACAUCAGAAAAUUCAUACAGGAGAGAAACCAUAUGAAUGCAAUGACUGUGGGAAGACCUUCUGCCGGAGCUCACAACUUAAUCAACAUCAGAGAAUUCAUACUGGAGAGAAACUUUACGAAUGUACCGAAUGUGGGAAGGCCUUCUGCCGCAGGUCACAACUUACACAACAUCAGAUAAUUCACACUGGAGAGAAGCCAUAUGAAUGUAGUGAGUGUGGGAAGGCUUUCCACCAGACUUCACAACUUAUUCGACAUAAAGUCAUUCACACAGGAGAGAAACCUUUUGAAUGUAAUCAAUGUGGGAAGGCCUUCCACAGAAGCACAGGACUUACACAACAUCAAAGAAUUCAUACUGGAUGGAAACCUUUUGAAUGUAAUGAAUGUGGGAAGGCCUUCCACAGAAGCACUGGACUAAUUCAACACCAGAGAAUUCAUACUGGAGAGAAGCCAUAUGAGUGUAAGGUAUGUGGGAAAACCUUCCGCAGGAGCUCACAGCUUACUCAACACAAGGUAAUUCAUACUGGAGAGAAACCAUAUGAAUGUAAUGAAUGUGGGAAAGCCUUCUGCUGGAGCUCACAACUUACUCGACAUCAGAAAAUUCAUACUGGAGAGAAACCUGAAUAUAGCAUAUGUGAGAAUGCCUUCCACACAGAGAAACUACUUACUCAGUACCACAAAAUGCAUACUGGAAAGAAGCCUUAUAAAGUUAAGUCCUUAUGAAUAUAAUGAAAGUGAGAGGGCUUUCAGAAAGAGCAAACACUAUUAAAAACUAGAUAAGUCAAACUAAAGCAAAA